AUGUGCGGACGUUAUAGUAUGCAUCUGCGUCCGGCGCAGGUACGUGCUUACCUCGAAAAUGAAAACAUGCCAGUACAUGAGUUUCCAGACGACGAUGCACCCAACGCGCCCCGGCAAAGCUACAACUUUGCACCGGGGUACCAUGGGAUUGUGUAUCGAGCAGACACCCCAGAUACUGGUGCUGGUCCUACACAGCGUACUGACAGUGAUCGAGAACAUGAGACUAAUCCUAAUGACUCGAUGGAGGAAUAUGAUCCAGGUCCCAUCAAAUACAAAUUGCAGUCAAUGAAAUGGGGAUUGAUUCCAUUCUGGACGAAACGCAAUCCAGAUUAUGGUUCUAUGAUGAAGACAAUCAAUUGCCGAGAUGAUUCGCUGAUAGAAAAUCGGGGUAUGUGGAAUACCAUGAAACAGAAGAAGCGUUGCAUCGUCGUAGCAGAAGGCUUUUACGAAUGGCUCAAAAAAGACAAGACUAAAAUCCCUCAUUACACCAAGAGAAAAGACGGGCAGUUGAUGUGCUUUGCUGGACUCUGGGACUGUGUAAAAUAUGAAGGAAGUACGGACAAACAUUAUACUUAUACUGUUAUCACUACUGACUCCAAUCCACAAUUGAGAUUCUUACACGAUCGAAUGCCCGUUAUACUCGAAAACGGCUCCGAGGACAUACGGACUUGGCUGGAUCCCAAGCGGUACACCUGGUCCAAGGAACUCCAAGCAUUACUACAGCCUUUCAAAGGUGAAUUGGAAUGCUAUCCUGUCAGCCAGGAAGUGGGAAAAGUUGGAAACAACUCACCAAAAUUCGUCAUCCCCGUGGCUAGUAGCGAGAAUAAGUCUAAUAUCGCCAACUUUUUCACAAAGCCUAAAGCCAAUGCCAAUGACACAUCAGCAGUCUCAAAAACGCUAGUUCCGGCAAUUCCCAAGGCCCAGGAAAACGACAACACACCUAGCAAUGAAGCAAAGGAUAUUAAGAUUGAGCAUGACUCGGAUGAGUUUCGCGAGACAAUUGAUCAUACUGGAACGGAAGAUAAUGCACCUCUUCCUGUCCCCGAAGAUGUCAAGAAAGGGGUUAAGCGAGAAUUGGAGGAUGUGCCAGUAGAAGGGACGCCUAACAAGUCCGCCAAAACUUCCGCCAAUUCCAAACCGUCAUCCUCUCCUCACAAAUCCGCACGGAAGACCCGAAGUGCCACAAGCAAUAACACAGCAAGCCCUCCAAAGGGAACAGGCAGUCAGAAAAUUACUAAUUUCUUUGGCAAAUAA